GAGACAGUAUAUAAAGAGCACAGCAAACGUUCAUGUUCAUUGUAGUUGAUUCUGAUUUCCACCAGAUAUCCAUCAUGUUCAUCAUGAAGACUGUGCUGCUCAUCUCUGUUCUCUGUGUCACACUGUCUGUCAGUGCUGCAGCAGUUGUUCCAGUGGAAGAAAUUCUUACAAAGGAGACGGCUGAUGUUUCACUCCCAGUUGUUCCAGCUGAAGGAGUUGUUUCAGAGGAGACGGCUGAUGUUUCAGUUCCAGCUGUGGAAGUAGCAGAUGUUGAAGAGGAGGAAACCGAACUUGCAGCCUCAGCUGUGGAAGUAGCAGAUGUUGAAGAGGAGGAAACCAAACUUGCAGCCUCAGUAGAUGACACAGCAGAUGUUGAACCGGCGGUUCUACUGAAGGUCAACGCUCUACGAAAUGCAGUUCCUCCUCCUUUCGUCCAAGAGCAAGCAUCUUCACAUUGUCCUGCAGGAUGGCACGCACACGAGAAGCACUGCUAUCUGAUGGUCAACCUCACGUAUGCCUGGACUAAUGCAGAGUUUCUCUGUCAGAAUAUUGGUGCAAGCUUGGCGUCAGCCCACAAUUUACAGGAAAAUAAUUUCCUGAAGCAGAUGGUCUGGAAGGCUGGUUUCUUAUCAGCCUGGUUCGGUGGAUACAGAUUCCAGGGCUACUGGAGAUGGGAUGAUGGCACGCCAUUCGACUACAACAACUGGUACUCCCACAGCAGCAGUCACAGCUAUGACUGCCUCUACUUGAACAGCCAAGACACCCUGGGCUGGUCCAAUGACCGCUGCCACUUAGGACGUCCAUUCAUCUGCUCAAUUAAAGCCAUCUGCUAGUGUUUAUCGCUGAUGAUACACAGACCGACAGCUACUGUGAGGACCAUUCGCUGUGAUAGAUUGUAUGUUUACAACGGCCUUAUCUUUUUUAUGGCACUACAAGAACAAAUGUAUUGAUAAGUUGUGUGUGUUUCUGUUUCACUCUCUGUUGAUAGAAAAUGUAAAAAUAAAUAAAGAA